AUGUAUCCGGCGGGCCGAGUCGCCGUCGCUUCCCUGCGCACUCUUCCCACAGCCGCUGGGCACAUCGUCUCACGCGCCCGAGCCUCGUUAGUGUCGAACGGCAGCGGCGCACAUCGUGGCGCCGUCGUAGGCUUGUCCGGCACCCGCCAAGUCUGUUCAGGGCAUCCCAAUUCAAGCCAGAGGAACCCACCCCACGCCGCGCACCGCGCUCCGUGCCUCUCCUCCCUGCCCGUCACCGCGCAUCCCUAUCUCCUCUCGCGGCCGCUCUCCGCGCAUCGCAUGGACGCGCCACGGCCCUCCGCGGCAGCAGCAACGGCAGCGGAGGGCGUUGGGAGGGAGAAGAUGACGGAUGGCGCCGUGUCAGAUGCUGCCAUCGCGAUGACUUCAGACGAUGCGCCUGGUGUCCUUUCAGCAGUGCAGUGCCAAGCCCACGGUGGGGGUGGGUUUGGAAGUUUACUCUUGUCACCCUCUCACCCCAACCCACUGCCCCUCCUUCUUUCCCUCUCACUCUCUCACCCGUCCUCUCGUCCAUCUCACCCCCACGCCACAGACGGCCGCAUUCGCCUGGCGUCCUUCCAGCAGCGCGAUGGCGAGGCCACAGUGGGGGUGGUGCGAGAUGCGCGCAUGUGGCCGCUGCAUGAGUGCGUGCAGCAGCCCUCCUCUCUGCCCGCCUCCGUCGACCUGCACUGUAUGGCGUCCGUCAUUGCCGCCUGGCCGGACAUCCGUGCCCGGCUAAACUUUGAGAAGCUGCCCGAGGGGCAGGGGCAGCUGCUGUGCGAGAGCCAUCUGCUGGCACCUCUCCCCCGGCCUGCAGGGGCCAUCAUGUGCAUUGGGAAGAACUACGAGGAGCAUGUGAAGGAGGUGGACACGUGGAAGACUGCUCCGCAUAUCACCCAACCCAGCAUCCCCACUCACCCCAUCGUGUUCACCAAGGCACCCCAGUCCGUGACAGGGCCCGGCACGGCCAUCCGCAUUCCACACGGCCACUCCCAGUCGGUGGACUACGAGGCAGGUGGGUGCUGCUGCGAGGGAAGGUGGGUGCUGCGUUGUGGGGCAGGUGGGUGCUGCGUUGUGGGGCAGGUGGGUGCUGCGUUGUGGGGCAGGUGGGUGCUGCGUUGUGGGGCAGGUGGGUGUUGCAUUGUGGGGCAGGUGGCUGUUGCGUUGUGGGGCAGGUGGGCGUUGCAACUUCUGGAGCUGGCAGUGAUCAUUGGGAAACCCGGUCGCGGCAUCAAGGCAGACGCCGCCAUGGACCAUGUCUUUGGCUACACCAUUUUGAAUGACGUGACGGCAAGAGAUGUGCAGAAGCGGCACCAGCAGUGGUUCCUCGGCAAGAGCUGCGACACCUUCUGCCCCAUGGGCCCUUGGAUCGUGCCAGCAUCGGAGAUCAACGGCCAGGAUCUCCACAUUCGCUGCUGGAUCAAUGAUGAGCUCCGGCAGAAUGCGCGCACCACACAGCUUAUCUUCCCCAUCCCCACACUCAUCGCCACCAUUUCUGCCGCCAUCACUCUGCAACCUGGAGACAUCAUUGCCACCGGCACCCCUGCUGGUGAGCUGUGA